CUAAAGAUUUGCUGAUGGGCGCGGUCGAGGAGCUCUUCUCUUUAACGGUGCUCUCCUUAUCCAAUAUUGCGCUUCGUGAGAGCAUGCUGCUUGUGAUAGUGUAAGUACUUACUUAAAGCUACCGGCACAGCAUCAAUAAAUGCAGCAUCUCAACUUUCGCUUUUCGCGACCUCCCGUGCCCUCUGUCCUCAUUUCAAAUACGAUCCACGUUAAUCUCUAUCGAUCCAUAUGCUGUUCCAACAACAUCAUGCAGGUGACGAAGACAGAAAAAAAGAACGAUGUGGUGCCGAUUUUGAAGCUUCUGUUCUCGCGGGUCCCGCCGGGAAACGUACAGCAGCAGUACCUCUAUAGCGAAGAAACAGACUGGGCCUGCGAGAUCGAACCUGGGAGAAGCAAUGAGGGCAUGGUGGAAAGACGGAGAACAGAGUUCCUUCAGAGGUCCACGCGUCUACUCGCAUCCUAUUGCAGCAACCCUAUCCCGAAUAGUCGGGGAGAUGAAUUGUUGCCACUCGUCUUUCGCGCGGAAUUGUAUGGCGCGCAGCUAAUUGGGAAGACGUUCAC